AUGGAAUUCAAUGGCAAUGGCAGUUACUCAUGGAGUGCAGCACCAGCAGCCAAAAGGCAACUAUCCGAUCCGAAAUUAGGGUUUCGAAAUCACCCGACACUUUCGGAUGAUUUGCUCUUCAGAAUCUUCAUCUCGCUUCCCGGUGAAGUCAUCGUCAAGCUGCAAUUCGUGUGCAAGAGAUGGUUCGAUUUGAUCAACACCUCCAUUUUCGUUGCAUGCCAUGCUCAGAAAUCCGACACCGUUUUGAUAUGUCAAAAGUUGACCCUUUGCCACCCCGUCAUUCCUCCCGAUUCGCCCCGCCGCUUCCAUUUUCUCGAUUUCGGCCGUAGGGAAUCGAAUUCGAUAGAAUCGAGUAUGUUCGAGCUGGUCGAUAUUCGAGCGAGCUUCGAUGGAUUGGUACUUGCCUUCACCGAGAAGAAAACGAGUUUGAUACUCGUGAACCCGAUCACUAGAAAGCACGUUCAGCUUCCGUUGGCCGUUGACGAUAAAUUCUGUGAUGGAUCGUAUGGAAUCUCGUUUGAUGACAAGGCAAAAACGUAUAAAAUAGUGCACUUGUUCAUCGAAGAAUCAGGGUAUAACGGUGCUGAGAUCAUUAGCGUUCGUACGAAAAAGUGGACGAGAUUGGAUGGACCGGAUUUAUUAAUCGACACCAAUGAAAUCGCGGUAUCUCUCGGUGGAUCAUUGCACUGGUUGUGUUGGAAACGAGGGUUUGACUAUUUCGUCUCGGUCAAUGUGCACGAUGAGAAGUUUGUUUCGAAGAAACUGCCUGCAUGUAGAGCUGACAAGGACCGGCUACUAGAUCUCGGGGGAAAUCUUGGAUUCGUAACUCAUGUAGAAAACGAACUGCAAGUUUGGAUUUCGGUUGUUAAUAGCGAGAAUUGGAUCAAGAAAUGUAGCAUCGAUUUGGGAGUUAAGGCUAGGUAUUUUAUUCCGAUUUGCAGUUCACGAAACGGGGAAGAAAUGGUUCUUGAAAAUCGAGAGCAUCGGUUUUACGUUAGAAACUUUGAAAACAGGGUAAUGAAGCGAAUCUAUUCGAUAGGCGGCCGUUACUCAUUGGUCAAAAGGAUGGACAAGCUCUAUAUACCUCAUCGGAACACACUCGUGUCGUUUGAUAGAUCGUCGUGA